AUGAGCCUCCUCAGCACCUUCAUUUCCAGGCCCCGAGACAUCAAUUGCUGCUUCUGGGACAUACUGCUGCUCCUCGCUAGGGAGCCGGACUUCGGAUUCCUGCGGGAUACGCUCUCCGCUCCUCCCGACGCCCCGGACGAGGCUUCGUCCGUCGACUCGCCUCACCGAGCCGAGACUUGGGAAGGCGGCUCAGAAGCGGCUGCUGCGCCGGAAAAAACCCCAACGGCUGAGGAUUUACCUCCCGCUGAGGAAACGAGAGGAUACCGCGGUCUCCCCGACGACGGCGAAUGGGGUACUAGAGACGAAGCCUCCCGUGGUUCCCUGCCCCAUGAUGUAGCCCGGUGGUCUAUACGGGCCCUGCGCCUAGUGGAGAGGUCAGGGCACCCCACGAUUUGGAAGAUGUACAAUGGGGGCUUGCUGCUGUUCAUUGCCUACCGAGAAACUGACCGCUUCCCCUCCAUGUGGCCCAUCCCAGGAUACCAGAUCAGAGGCUUUCUGCUCUCUCUGGAUGCGGAAGGUGUCGCCGCGCCCAGGAUACUCUCCUACCUGUCCGGCCUUUCCUACCUAUCCCAGACUUUCCAUUUCCAGGAUCCGCUUCAAGACUUAUUCACAUCCCGCAUGAUCGCCGGGAUACAGUGGCAGCGAGAACCUCCACUCCCGGUGACCUUGGAUAUCCUGGAGUCGUUGCUGGACGCCCUCGAAGGAGUCUGCGCGUCUUUCUACGAGUGCCUGAUGUUCCGGGCGGUGUUUUUGCUGUCUUUCCACGCAGCGCUGCGCCCUAAAGAGGUGGUGGCUAAGUCCUGCACAACUUUCUAUCCAGACCUCCUUUGCUUGGAUGACAUUGAAGUGGAGGAAAACCGUGUCGGGCUUCGUAUAGCGGCUCCUCAGAUGGGCGCAGGGCGCUUCACGUACUGGUUGAGAUCCUCUGAGCAACCUUCACUUUGUCCUGUACUGGCAGUUAAAAAUUAUUUGGCGGUGCGGCCUCACGGUGAAGGACCUCUCUUCCUGUAUGACGACUGGCACUUGCUGUGCAAACUGAGGUUCAUGGAAGUUUUUUACGACGCCCUGAGAAGACUGGAUCUCCCGGCACAACGUGUGCUCCCACUUCCCAGAGACGAUUAUUCUCCAUUUGGCCAGGUGGCCAUGCAGACCACUUCAGGCACCGAUGCGGCCCAAGGAAAAUAUGCUCAGAGGCUGUUUAAUGAGCUGUUUAAAGACUACUCCAAUGCUCUCCGGCCUGUGGAAGAUACAGAUAUGGUUCUGAAUGUUACCCUUCAGAUCACGCUUUCCCAAAUCAAAGAUAUGGAUGAGAGAAACCAAAUUUUGACAGUCUACCUGUGGACCCAGACGUGGCACGAUGCCUAUCUCAAGUGGGACAAAGACAGAUACGAUGGAUUAGAUUCCAUCCGGAUCCCCAGCAAUCUGGUAUGGAGACCAGACAUUGUACUCUACAACAAGGCCGAUGAGGACUUUUCUGAACCGGUGAACACCAACAUCGUCUUGAGGUCCGAUGGGAAGAUCACUUGGACGCCCCGGCCAUCAACGAAGAGCUCCUGCGUGGUGGACGUAUCCUACUUCCCUUUCGACAGCCAGCAGUGCAACCUGACCUUUGGUUCUUGGACUUACAACGGGGACCAGGUGGACAUCUUCACCAUGUUAGACACCGGCGACCUCUCCGACCUCAUAGAGGAUGUGGAGUGGGAGAUCCAUGGCAUGCCAGCUGUGAAGAACGUGAUUACUUACGGCUGCUGCUCCGAGCCUUAUCCAGAUGUUUACCUUCACUCUCAUCUUGAAAAGGAAGUCUCGUUCUAUAUAUUCAACCUGCUGCUUCCUUGUCUCUUGAUAUCGUUCCUUGCUCCGCUGGGAUUCUACCUUCCUGCAGACUCGGGAGAAAAAGUCUCUCUCGGGGGUUACGGGCUGCUUUCUCUAACCGUCUUCCAGCUCAUGGUUGCGGAAAGCAUGCCUCCUUCCGACAACGUGCCCUUGAUAGGGAAAUAUUACAUCGACAUGACAAUGAUCACGCAUCGACGGGCGCUAACCAUCAUUAUAAUGAAUAUUCAUUAUUGUGGCUCCGGAGCUAAGCCCGUCCCGCAGUGGGCCAGGGUGAUCAUCCUGGAUUACAUGUCCAAGAUCUUCUUUGUGUACGACGUGGGUGAAAACUGCACCAGUUUGCAGUGUGCAGGAGAGCGGAAUCGGCGUCACAACCAGCACGCCAGUCCAACAGAGCAUGCGGACGUGAAGAGAGAAAGAAGGCGGUGGGUAUCAGGGACGGGGACCCCCUCAAGAAGACGAUGGAUGGAUGAGAACGAGACGAACGGACCUCGGAUACGGGACCCAGAGGGCUGCUGCUCUUGUUACAGAGCGUUGGUCAAGAACAUUGAAUACAUCGCCGAUUGCGUGCGGCGCCACAAAGCCAACCAUGCCAAAGGCAUGGAGUGGAAAAAAAAGUCGCAAAAGGUGAUGGACCGUUUUUUCAUGUGGAUCUUUUUCAUUAUGGUCUUCUUCAUGAGUGUUUUAGGGUUAUCGGGAAACAAAAUCCGGCCAACGGUCUUUCAAGAGAGUUCACAGCUACAGACCUUAUCAGGCUUGGAGAGCUGCCAGGCGAUAUCUUCCAACGCCAUGCUGUAG